AUGAUAGAUGGCCGGUUGAACUUCAACAGCCAUAUCGACUACGCUUGUGGGAAGGCAGCGAAGGCUAUCAGUGCGGUAGCCAGAAUCAUGCCGAAUAGUAACGGAUCUAGUAGUAGCAAGUGGCCGCUACUGGCUAAUGUGUCAUCGUCGAUACUGCGAUACGGAGAUCUAGCCUGGAACACAACGCCACGAACCAUGCGGAAUCAUGCAAAGCCAUGCAAAGUGUACAGAACAAAAUCAUCAGAGGCAGUAUGCGUCAUCGCUGGAAUGAUCCUCAUUGGCAUCAAGCUUGUUGAAGAUAAGGAGUGUUAUGGACGAAGAAGCACCAGAGGAGCUCGAAAGUUAGCGAGGGAGGAAUCGUUGGCCUAG